UAAAUUUUAAAAAUCUUGUAACGGAAGAUGUUACGUACAGCUAUUAUUUUUAUAUUUUGCUUAUUUUUAUAUACUAAUCACGCGUUCGGAGAAACAAGUGAUGAUGAUGAAGACUUUACGAAUCUUAUUGUAAAUGGUUACCGAAAAAAAAAUAGUUCACUAUGCAAGUUUAUUGUUUCCAUUCGAAUGGGCAAUUAUUAUAUCGUUGAGGGUGAUAAUCAUAUAUGCGGAGGUUCUAUUAUAUCAAAACGUUGUAUUGUGACAGCCGCACACUGUCUAGUAACACAAGAUGAAAAUCAGUUGAUUCCAUCCGAACACUAUUACAUUGUUGCUGGGUCACAAUAUCGUUUGAAUUCUCCACUUUCUGCCCAAAAAGCAUAUGUAAGCUCAACAAUUGUACAUCCUUUGUAUAAUGUGCCGAAAAGAGCUGCAGACAUAGGCCUUAUGAUAUUAAAAGAUUUGCUUCAACUGGAUUUUAAAACUGUAGCACCAAUUCCUUUAGCUACAAAAACACCUGUACUUAAUACUAAAUGUACUACAGGAGGCUGGGGAUCUGUGUUUUAUAAUGGGCCAAGUCCAGAUAACAUCUUAUAUUCUGAUCUUCACAUAUUGGCUUGUAACUUGAAUAUAAAUGGCAGUUCAAAAGGUUUGAUAUGUGCAAUGAAUAAUAAAGAUCCGGAGAUGGAUUCUUGUCAGGGAGAUUCAGGAAGUCCUCUAAUUUGUGAUGGGAAGUUAUGUGGACUUGUUUCAUUUGGUAUUGGAUGCGGUUGGGGAUAUCCUGGUGCUUACACCAAUGUUGCUUAUUACAGAGAUUGGGUUCUUGAACACUCUGCAUCUAUAAGAGCAAAUAAUUUAAAUAAAUUUGCAUUUAUUGCAUUAAUAAGCACUAUACUUAUACCUUACAUUACGGUAUUAGUUUGACAAAAAUUUACUAAUUAUUAAUACUAGUACGUAAACUUGAACAUUUGUGUGGAGACUAAAUAGUCCUUAAGAAUAGUAUGUUUCUUUAUG